UUCAGUUCGUUGCUGACCAACGUAACGUGCGGACGUGCCCAGCUCGCCUCCACAAACGAACCAAAAUCAAAAAGAAGAAAGAAAAUUUGAACAAACCGAAAUAAAACAGAGCAGCGAGGCGAAAUACAGUGCAAAUUUUAACAUUUAAUGUUCAAAGGUUGUGAACCAUACAGCAACAACAACAGCAACAACAAUAACGAAAAAUAAAUAUAUACGAUAGCAGCAGCAACGACAAUAACAACAACAACAACAACAGCAACAACAACGACGGUUGCAUUUCACAACAAACACCUAGCUGGCAACAUCUUCUUGGAAGCAAACGCUCUGUGAGAGCAACAACAAUAGCAACAGCAACAGCAGCAGCAGCAGCAGCAGCGGCAGCAACAAUGACAGCGACGCCGACGUCGACGUCGGCUGCGGCGAGAAAGCAACCUGCAAAUAGCGCGUUGCUCCGCGAAGCUUUUACGGUUAAGCGGCUUUUAGCGACCUUUGUCAUCUGCACACUGCUCAACACAAGUCAGGCUCUGGAGCUGGGUGACAAGUGCCAGCAUGACAUGGACUGCACAGAUUUCAUCAAGGGCAGCAGCUGCUCAGCGCUGGGCUACUGCGAGUGUGCGCCCUACUUUGUCCAACUGGACUCCAAGCGCUGUCUGUCAUCUCAACUACUGGGCGGCGAUUGCCAGGUGAGCGAACAAUGCUCAAUGAAGGUGGCAAACAGCAGCUGCUUGGACGGUGCCUGCCGCUGCGUCGAGGGAUUCUUGCAGUUCCGCAAGCACACAUGUCUGGGACCCGCUCACCCUGGCGCCGUUUGUUAUAGCCAUGCCCAUUGUCAAAUGUUCGAUACGCGCACCCACUGCGAUUUCCUCAUACCCAAUCUCUUUGGACGCUGCCAGUGCACGGCGCCGACGCGCAUGGUGGGUGGACUCUGUGUGGCACCAGCGGCCGAUGAGACGGCAGCAGAGGAGCAGCCCGCUGAGAAGGCAUCCACGACCACAACAACAACGACAACGACAACAACGCCUGUGCCUACAACAAGAGCAACAACAACGACGACAACAUCGACGACAACAACAACAACAACAACAACAACUCCAGCGCCCACAACAGCGAGAACAACGUCAGCGCCCAUCUUGCUGGAGGAUGAGCUGCCCGCCAGCGUGGAGGAGCAGGCAUUUGAAGAGGAUGAUAUGGAUGCUAUAAAGCUGCGACCCCAAGUCGUCGACGUGGACAAUGGUGAGAAAUUCGAUCCUGUGGAUCAUGCACAUGAGGAAACCGAAUUGACUCAACAGCAGGAGCUGGAGGAGAGUCAAGCCAAGCCCGAGGCUGAGCAGACUCAACCAGAGGAGCAGCAGCAGGAAACUGAGCUGGAGAGUGAGCACAUUCCGGCAAUCCUAGAGCCAGAACAGCCUGAAACAGUUGAGCAAGCGGUAGCCUCCGAGCAGGAGGAGCAACGCCCCGUCGAGGAACAGCAGCCAACAACUGGAGCUCAGCAGCCAUUGACGCCAGCCGAUGUGACCACCGAGGCCAUGGAAGCUGUGGAGCACGAGACUGAAGCAUUGCCCGCCUACGACUAUCCGUACAAGAUUGAUGAGGAAUACGCUGAGGAGCAUGAGAUCAAGCCCGAGGCAGAACCAGAAACAGUGCCAGAGGCGGAGGUGGAUGCAAAGCCAGAGCCACAGCCCGAGUCAGAGCCACAGCCAGAGACAGUGCCAGAGGUGCAAAUUGAGGAGGAGGCGGUUCCAGCACCUGCAACGGUCAAUGAGCCAACUGUUGAGGAGGAGGAGGAGCCGGAGGAGGCAUCGGGCGCACAAGAAAUUGCGCCAGCCGCAGCCGACGAUACCAUGAAAUUUGAUUAUGAAACCGAAGAGCAACAACAGCAACAACAACAACAACAGACGGCUGAGCAAGCUCCUCAGCAACAGCAACAUGAUGAGCUGGAAUCUGCGCUAGGUGCCGUGCCCAUUGAGAAGGAGGAGGAGAUCAACAGUGAGACUGAUGUGGAGGCAGCCACAGAGAACAAUCAGCAGCUGCAGCUGGAGGAUGAGAAGGAGCCGACGUCAAACGAUGCUGAUGAUGAUUUGAUACCCGUGCAUGGCGAAGAGGUGGCGGAAAAUGAAAGUGCAACAAAUGCGCCAGCCAAGCAGCAGCCAGAGGCUGAGUCGGAGAACGUUGAGCAGGAGGAGGUGGAGCAGUCGGGUGAUCAUGAGAUGGAGACGGAGCAGGCGCCUCAGGCAGAGGCGGAGAUAGAGGCGGAAGCACAGGAGGAAGCACAGACGGAGGCGGAGGUGGAGACACAACCACAACAAGCUGACGUCACAGCAGUCAAUGAUGAAGAAGAAGAAGCUGUUGAAGAAGUGCAGCCAGCCAAGCAGGCAGAGGAGGAAGAAGAGGAACAACAGCAGCAACAACAACAACAACAACAAGACGAGCUGCAGUUCGCAACAGAAGCAACCGAAAUUGAGGAGCCAGCGAAACUGAUGGACAGCGAAAGCCCAGCAGCAACAAUUGCCAAUGAUGCAGAGACAGAGGUAGAGUCUGUGUCAGAGCCAGAGCUGGAAAAGGAAAAUCAAGUGGAAGAGGAGCCAGAGAAACCCGACCAAGCAGCUGAAGCCGCAGAAGUCGAGGCGGCAACAGAAACCGCGGCAGAGCCUGAGAAUGCAGCUGAAAUCGAGACAGAGCCAGAGGCAGAGGAAGAGGAAGAGACGGAAAAUGGGAAGGAGAAGGAGACGGAGUCAGAGUCAGAGUCAGAGUCAGAGCUGGAGCUGAAGCUGGAGACGACAACCGAUCAGGCAGAACAAAGCGCCGACGUUAAGCCGACAAGUGGCGAAGAUGAUUUAAAUGAAGCCAAUCAAUUAAAUCAACAGCAAAUCGCAGAGCAAAAACCAGACGAAGCUGAAGCUGAGGCUGAGGCUGACGCUGAGGUUGCGGCAGAAGCGACAACUGAGCAGCAGCUGAAUGAGGAGCAGAAUGUGGAACAUGAGAUAGAGACAGAAAGCCAAACGGAGAAGGAGACGGAGUUGGAGAUGGAGCCAGCUGCUGAGGUGGAGGCAAUCAGCGAAGCGCAGCACGAAGAAUCGACUUACCCAACAAAUGAUGAUGAAUUGGCGCCAGAGCAAGUCACAGAGCAGGUGGCCAAUGCACAAGACGAUGCAGAGGAGCACGACGAGGCAGCGGAGGCGGAGGAGAUGGCAGCAACCACUAGUGAACCAGAAAUCUUGCAGCAGCCAACAGCAGCAGCAGAGGAGACUGAGCUAAAUGCAAAUGCAAUUAAGACGCCCGAAGUGUCGGAAACAAUUGCAGAGCCAGCGCUUGAACUAGAGUCAGAGCCAGAGCCAGAGCCAGAGUCGGAGACAGAGUCGGAGCCCGAGGCAGUGCAGGCGGUGCAGUUAGACAACAUUGCUAAUGAUGAGGUGUCGCACGUUGAGGAUGAAGUUGAAGAGUUGCCCGUGCAGCAGGCAGAUGAGGUUGAAGGCGCGGCUGAUGCGGCCACUGAAAUACCGACAGAGGCAACGCCAAUUAAACACGAUGAGCUGCAGGAAACCGAACUCAAUCUCAAGACGGAAACUGUCACCGAGCGCAGUGAAAGUGGCGAGCAGGCUGAAGCGGAAAUGGACAAAAAUGAAAAUGAUAAUAUCAUACAAGGAGCGGAGCCAAAUGUGGAGCAGCAGCCAAUCAAGGUCACAGCGGCAGAGGCCGAAGCAGAGGUAGAGGCAGAGUCCACAACUGAGCAGCAGAUCAAAUUGGAUGAGGCGGAGCUGCAGCAGCCAGAAGUGAACUUCGACGAUGCCAGCAUGGAAAAAGUUGAGGAUGCGCCAGCGGAGACUGUGACCGAAGCAGCAGCAACAGCAGCGGCGGAAAUGGAAACGGAGCAGGCAGCCACACAGCUGCCCGAGCUGGUCGCCGAGGUGCCCAUUGUGAGCGAGGAGCAGCCUGCCGAUGACUUCAAGGAAAGCGAAAGCGUUGCGGGCAUACUGAACGAUCUGAUGCUUGAGGGCGACAGCACCGUGCCUCCGGUGCCAUUCGGAGAGCAGCCGGCGCAAACUAUGCCCAUACCAGCCGGCGAGAAGCCAAAGCAGGAGGCGCAGCAGCAGCAACAGCAGCAGCUGGAUGAGAAUGAAAUGCCAGCCAUGCCCGAUUUGCUGGCAGAGGCCGAUGAACUGCACGAGCAGCAGGAGCAACCCGAAGACACUGAAGCUGAAGCAGUGCCUGUCACUGAAGCAAACAGCAACGAGUUGGAUGACAAACUAGUUACCUUCUAUCCCGAGAUGCCAGUGGAGCAACAGCAGCAGCAGGAGCAACAGGAGCAGGAGCACGAACAGGCAGCUGUUACAGCUGAGCUGCAGCCAGAGUCAACCACAUUGGAAACGGAAGCCGAAGCAGAGCCAGAGCGCACGCUGUCGCCUGAGGAGCUGCCCUUCGACCUGAGCGAUAAUUCCGGUCCGAUCCGGCUGCAGGAGCUCGAAUCGGACAGUUUGAUUGUGGAGUCCACGACGCUGGACACACAGCUCGACCAGAACAAUCACAUUGAUGCGCUGAACGUGCACGUCACGCAAGCCAACGAGGAGGCCACGCCCAACCCGGCUGAUAUCGUCGAGAUCACCACGCAGACCAUGCUCGGCUUGGCUAGUCGUGUUACACUCAUGGAGCCCGCCGCCCCAGUGGUGACCACCCUGAAGCCCCUGAUGACCUCAGAGGAGGCCACACCCCUGCCCGCUAUCAGCUACCCGCCAGAGAAUCCCAUCGUGUCGCUGCUGAGUGGCAAACCGAGCACAGAGCUGCGCAAGCGCGUCGACCUGGCCCUGGAGGCCAUCUCUCUGGGUCUGCCCUGCGCCAGCGAUCGCCAAUGCCAGAUGGCCGAUCCCCACACCGUCUGCAAUGCACGUGGCGUGUGCGACUGCGCCGCAUCAACUGGCGCAGAUCAGGGUCAGUGCAGUGCGGAGCGCACAGGCUGCAGUCCCGGCACCUUCCAGUGCCGUUCGAGUGGCGUUUGCAUCUCGUGGUUCUUCGUGUGCGAUGGACGCGCCGACUGCAACGACGAAUCCGACGAGGAGUGCACCCACAAUGCCCGCCUCAAUCAGACCUGUCCGGCGGAGGCGUUCCGCUGCGAGCGCAGCGGCCGUUGCAUCUCCCGUGCGGCGCUCUGCGACGGACGCAAACAGUGUCCGCAUGGCGAGGAUGAGCUGGGCUGUGAUGGCCAUCUGAAGGGCGGCAACAGCUGUCCGGCGCACACGUUCCGCUGCAAGAGCGGCGAAUGCCUGCCCGAGUACGAGUACUGCAAUGCCAUUGUCUCCUGCAAGGAUGGCAGCGAUGAGCCGCCCCAUCUCUGCGGCUCUCGUGCCAUGCCCAAUCUCUUCAUGCGCCUGAUCGAAGCGGGUGGCCUGCUGGCCAGUCGCCGGGAGCCGGAUGCCUAUUGCCCGCAUCGCUGCAGCAAUGGACUCUGCCGCUCCACGGCCAUCGUGUGCUCCGGCCGCGAUGGCUGCGGCGAUGGCACCGAUGAGCAAACCUGCGCCGUCUGCCGCUGUCCCGCUCCAACUGCUGCCAGCCUGCCGGCCUAUUUGGCCAGGCAUCGCCCCAUGCCGCUGUGGUAGACGGGGGGAGUAGGGAGAUCUACAUGAUGAUCAUCAUCACUAUACUUCGUGCACUUCACCCACGCUGUCAAUUUGCCAAUUUAUGUGAACCAAUUUUGGAUAUAUUUGGAUUUUUUGAGCUAGCAUUUAAGUCGAUUUAACGCUAUUUAUUUAUUUAUUUAUUAUUUGUUUGCGACUGCGCCUGCCACGCCCAAUUGCCACCUUGCUAGCAAGGGAUGGCCGACAUCCUUUGACCCAGCGAUGCUGACAAUUGUGCGCCCUAUGCGCAAUCUAAAGACCCCCAAACACCACACACACACACCUCACACACUAUCCACACUUCAUCCAGAACUUCAUCUAUUCCCAUUAUCAACUUUAUUUAUUCUAUUCAUGUGCCCAU